AUGGGCGGCGAGUUUGGUUAUGUCGAUGCUGAGUCCUCGCAGGGCUCCAAUCUCCGCGCCAUCGCCAUCACCGACCAUGUCCCCGUCAAGCUGUCCACCACAGCCGCCAACUACCUUGCCUGGAAGACGUACUUCUACCUCCUCUUCCGCGAGUACAACCUGCGCGACCACAUCGACGGCACCGCCGAUCUCCUCGCCCGCGACUCCGACUGGCUGGCCAUCGACGCCACCAUCAUCCGCUGGCUCUUCCUCACCGUCUCGCCGGACAUCUUCAAGAAUGUCGUUCGAGAGGGCGAUGAUGCCCGCACGGUGUGGGUGAAGAUCAACGGCCUCUUCACCAACAAUAAGCUCCAACGUGUUGUCUUUUUGCAGCAGGAAUUCUUCGGUACACCCCAGGGCGAUCAAGCAUUGGACGCCUACUGCCUGCACCUUAAGGCCAUCUCCGAUGAGCUCCAGGACCUUGGGUUCCGGAUUGGCGACGAGCUCCUCCUCUCCACCCUCACCGCCGGCCUCAACGAGGACCUCGGCAACGCCGCCUCCAACAUCACCCUCAUGACCAACCCUACGUUCGAGCGGGCGGUCGACUACCUCAAGCUGGAGGAACCUGCAACAACGUCCUUCCUCAUGGCGGAGGAGCUCCGCCGGCGCCCACACCCGCCCCUCCACACCCCGCCCCUCAACCGCAACAACACCAAGGGGGAGGGGGCGGUGGUCGCAACCGUCGCCGUGCCCGUGGUGGUGGCCGCGGCGGUGGCAACAACGGCGGCCCGACAUCAUCGGCCCACGCCCCGGGUACUCACACCCCACUCCAUCGUGGGCGGGCGGACACAACCCCUGGACGGGGGUCGUGCACGCCUACACCAUGCUCGUCCCCCCCCCCCCCGUCCGCCGACGCACCAGGCCUUCAUCGCCACGCCACCGCAGGCUCCCGCUGGCCUGCCCUACGCCCCCGCCUAUGGCGGCAUGAUGCCGCAGGCCCCGACGGCCCACUGGGACCCCGCGCUGUACACCGCCCUUCAGUACGCCCCCUCGUCUGGUGCUUACUCCGGCGGUGGCGACUGGUUCAUGGACACCGGAGCCUCCGCACACAUGGCUGCUCACCCGGUUUCACCACAUCUUGUUCAGAAUUUAGUUUCCGUUAAAACUCUUUCUCGUGAUAACUCUGUAACUGUGGAAUUUGACGAGUUUGGUGUUUCUGUAAAGGACGCCCGUACCCGGAUGUUCGGUCGCCCCAUCAUCGCCCUCCAAACCGACAAUGGCAAGGAGUUCGACAACACCACCAUCCGCACCCUCCUCUCCACCCACGGCACCACCUUUCGCCUAACUUGCCCAUACACUUCCCAGCAAAACGCCCGCGAUGAGCGCAUCCUACAUACACUUAAUGACCGCGUCCGUACCCUCCUGUUCUAUGCCCACAUGCCCCCACCCCCAGUUCUGUCUGGACGCCCUCUCCACCGCCACCCUCCUAGUCAACCUAUGCCUGUGUCGCCCUCGCUGGAAUUACACACCACAUAA